CUGCCUUCGACAGGAGAUUUGUUACAUACAACAAAUGAUACGGCAGAGAAGGUCAUUGCUGAAUUCACCUCAAUGUUCCGAUAACAGAACCAGCAACAAUAGCCAAAGCAAGUGAUGAAUUAAUGUAUAUUGCUCCUGAAUCUACAACAGCUCCAGCAGCCACAGUUACUAAUGUGUUUAACUUAAGGGCUACUAAAAAUACACCAGCUGAAUCUGCCGCAGAUACAAAUGUAUUUAAGUUUGGUAGUCAAGUAGCCAAACAAUCUACAACUGCCUCAGUUAAUGAUGGAUUUAGGUUUGGUAUUCCUGUAACAGCACCAUCUACAACAGCCACUGUUAAUGAUGGAUUUAAGUUUGGUAUUCCAGUAACAGCAACAUCUACAACAGCCACUGUUAAUGAUGGAUUUAAGUUUGGUAUUCCAGUAACAGCAACAUCUACAACAGCCAAAGUUAAUGAUGUAUUUAAGUUUGGUAGUCAAGAAACCAAACAAUCUACAACAGCCACAGAUAAUGAUGGAUUUAAGUUUGGUAUUCCUGCAACAGCACCGCCAGUUAAUGAUGGAUUCAAGUCUAACUGUACUGUAACAGCACCAGCUUUAACAGAAAAAGUUACUGAUGAAUUGACAAAAGCAUCUUUCACAACAGCCUCAAAAAGCCAUGAAGCUCAAAAACCAACUGAAAGGCUAACUGCUUCUACACAAUUAAGCGAUGGAACAAUCACGACACCAUCAAACUCAAAUGUCUCAGUAUCCUGUACGUUACAAUCUAAACAUGAAUCUACUUUACCAUCAUCAAAUAGUGGACUAUCGCUAAAUGUAUUGUCACACACUAAAGCGCAAACAUAUACUGUACCUUCACUAAAAGUGCUCUCAACACCCACUGGACCUUUGACACCUUAUAGACCAUCUACAAACUGUAGACACUCAUUAUCCACUGGACUAUCAACAUUUAUUGAAAUAACAACAGACACUAGACAAUCAAAUUCUUCAGGACCAUUAACAAACACAGGUCGAUCAAAAAACACUAAACCAUCAACAAACAAACGACCAUCAACAAACAAAGAACAAUCAACACCCACUGAACCAUCAAACAACAUUGAACAGUCAACAAACAACGGAGCAUCAACUAACCCUGGACAAUCAACAAACAUUGAACCAUCAACAAACACUGGACAAUCAACAAACAUUGAACCAUCAACAAACACUGGACAAUCAACAAACAUUGAACCAUCAACAAACACUGGACAAUCAACAAACAUUGAACCAUCAACAAACACUGGACAAUCAACAAACAUUGAACCAUCAACAAACACUGGACAAUCAACAAACAUUGAACCAUCAACAAACACUGGACAAUCAACAAACAUUGAACCAUCAACAAACACUGGACAAUCAACAAACAUUGAACCAUCAACAAACACUGGACAAUCAACAAACAUUGAACCAUCAACAAACACUGGACAAUCAACAAACAUUGAACCAUCAACAAACACUGGACAAUCAACAAACAUUGAACCAUCAACAAACACUGGACAAUCAACAAACAUUGAACCAUCAACAAACACUGGACAAUCAACAAACAUUGAACCAUCAACAAACACUGGACAAUCAAAAUUCACUGAACCAUCAACAAACCCUACACAAUCAACAAACAUUGAACCAUCAUCAAACACUCGACAAUCAACAUCCACUGAUCCAUCAACGAAUGCGGGAGAAUCAACAAACACCGGAAAAUCAAAAUCCACUGGACGAUCAACAAGAACUGGACCAUCAAUACUCUCACAAAAGAGAAUUAACAGCCUUUUCUCUCAUUAUGCUGUCAUUACAAAAAAACAACCAGAUACGAGAAUCAAAGGGGUAUUAUCAAUACAAGUGGACAAGAGCAAGAACCAUGCUAGUAUGAUGGUCACCGAGAGAGGAAAGAUAUUACACACGGUGGACAUAACAAAGUUAAAUACUGAGCCGUCAUCAGAAGAGAACAAUGUUGUUUUGAUGGUACCUAAAAAUAGAUCACAGGAACUAGAGGAAGUUACCAUCACACUGGAAAGCUCAUCACUUGCGUUACAAUUAAAAGAUGCCAUUAUAAAAGCAACAUCCCUUAUUUAAGGCAAGUUAACGCAUCCAGGAGAUAAAGUUUAACUUUUUCUUUGAUCUCGGCUUAUAAAGAGAUAGUGUGAUCAAGCAAUAUCCCCAGCUGACAAGGAACAUGACUACACUUAUUUAAUCACACUAAACCUUACAAUGUAUUGUACUAUGUGGUUAAACAUGAUAAGUUAACAAAUUUAUUUUUAAUAUCUUUACAUGAUUAGAAUUUGGAGUAAAUCACAAAAAGUACUAAGUGGUGAUAGUUUUCCAACAAUGUUAUGUUGUUGUGGAAGCUAAAUUGAAUAAUUAUCUCUUUUGUUUUUCAUAGUUAUUUAUUAGCUUUAUAUUUUGUGAUAUUAGAUUUUGCAAGAUUAUUUUUUUUUAAUGUGUGCAUUUCUUUUGAAUUUCUUUAUCUAAAAUACUUUAUAAGAGUUGUAGUUUUUUUUUGCAUUUGUCUUGUGUGUGUUGUUACAAUUAAAAUAACUGUUUGUUACUUCUUAAUGCAAAAAAAAAGGUUUUUGAAAAAAAGAUUAUUUUCAUAUUAAACUAUCUUCGAUUGAAUUCUCUUUUAAUGUUUUGUCCCAUUCUUAAAAAUUACGGAUAAAACAUAUAUGACUUCCAUUGUUCAAGCUAUAUUGCCUUAU